AUGACCAAGUUUGACGAACAUUCCGGCUCUGGGUGGUCGUUGCCGACCUCCCUGAGCCAAUCCGAAGGCCUCACUGCUGCUAUCGAGUUCAACGAUGCGCACGCAGGUGCCUUCACUGCCGUUAGAGUCAACAGCUUAUGGAAGCUCUCGCUGCCAUCAAAGCCAACUACAAGCGGGUGCCACCGCUGUCGCCAAUGUCAACCACAAACAGGCGCUGUCGCUGCCGUCGAAGUUGACCAGUACGCAGCUUCUCAAGGCGGUCCGUUUGCUGACCCAUUACCGAGAAGCACACCGGCAAGCUCUAUCACAAGGUGA